UUCCGCAAAAACUAAGGGCGUUGAAGCGUGGGGAUAACUGCUCCGCUGUUUUGGAGCCCUGGCAACAACGCCGUACACAGCGUGAAGCAACCCGUGCACAUGCGCAGAUACUGUCCGUGUUCGAGUGCAUCAACACCGUUAUGUAUCAUUGGUAAAUUGUGACUGACUGAUUGACAAAUAAUAAUGAGUUAUUUAUGAUGCAAGGUGAUUUGUAGGUCAGUCAGUCGCCUGCAGUCGUUUUGAUUAUCUCGAAUACAGUCCAUUUCUGCGGUGCUGCUCGUGGCAACGUCAUGUCGUCGAGUCUACCUUUUACCGGACGUCCCGAUGAUCCCAUUUAGACUUAGACUCUUCUAGAGAAGGAUAGAGAGUGGGAAAGAGGAAAGAGCUUGGGGAUGGCGGACAAAUCUCUCACGGUGUUCGUGAAGCUGUUCGCCGCGGUAUUUUACGGACUCAGUUCUUUCCUCAUCGUCGUGGUAAACAAGAGCAUCCUCACAAACUAUAGGUUCCCCUCGUCAAUAUGUGUCGGCAUCGGUCAGAUGCUGGCCACCGUGGUCGUGCUGUGGGUGGGCAAGGCUCUGAGGGUGCUAAGUUUCCCAGACUUCGACCAUAGUAUACCUCGCAAGACCUUCCCGCUCCCUUUCUUGUACGUAGGGAACCAGAUAACGGGACUGUUUGGAACAAAACGCCUAAACCUGCCGAUGUUCACAGUCCUCAGGAGGUUCUCCAUUCUCUUCACCAUGAUGGCUGAAGUUCUGCUGCUCAAGAAGACAUUCUCCAGGCCUGUCCAGCUAACAGUGUUUACUAUGAUCCUGGGGGCGUUUGUAGCAGCAAGUGCUGACCUGUCUUUCGACCUCCAAGGCUAUGUGUUUAUUCUGCUAAAUGAUGUUCUGACUGCAGCUAACGGAGCCUACGUCAAGCAGAAGCUAGACUCGAAGGAGCUGGGGAAGUAUGGCUUGCUGUAUUAUAAUGCGUUGUUUAUGAUCUUUCCAACAAUGCUGCUAGCUCAACUCACUGGAGACGUUCAGAGGGCGGUGGAGUAUGAUGGCUGGUCAGACCUCCUGUUUCUCAGCCAGUUCAUCCUAUCCUGUAUAAUGGGGUUUGUGUUGAUGUAUUCUACAGUGCUCUGUACACAAUACAACUCAGCUCUAACCACCACCAUCGUGGGCUGUAUCAAGAAUAUUCUAGUGACAUACAUCGGGAUGGUGUUUGGUGGAGACUACAUUUUCUCUUGGACAAAUUUCAUUGGUUUAAAUAUCAGUAUUGCAGGUAGCCUGGUAUACUCCUACAUUACUCUGACAGAGGAACAGUCCAGUAAACCCUCUGAGAACGCCAUGGAGAUCAAGGGGAAAGUGGUGGUAUGACAUCAUGGUGACAUCAAUGGUAUGCCAGAGGAAAACUCACUGGAGAUCCUUUUUCAAAUGUUAAUGGUACAAGAGAACAUUCUAUUUUUGGUACAUGUUGUAUUUAUGGACUUGACAGCUGUGGUUACCAUAGCAACCGACUGGACACCCCACCGUGGCAACAGGCUCCUCCCACUGGACACAUGGAUUAGGAGGGCGGUGCUGGGGCAAGAUGAUUACGAUAUUUAUAACGGAUCGAUUUUAAAGGGUGCUUUUACUUCCUCGUGUUUUAGUCAUUAGACGAUUACAUCAUGGAGAGCACGGUGUUCCCGUUUUGGGUGAAAUGUGUUCAUGGGGAUUGAAUUCUCUCCUGAUGUCAGAACCAAGCAGAAUGUUCCCCCAAACAGGAAUGGUCCAAUGGAAUCUGAGGCAGUAUUAUGUGGGUGAUGUUGACCAUCAUACUGUUAGAGUAGGAAGUUUACAUACACCUUAGCCAAAUACAAUACUCAGUUUCACAAUUCCUGACAUUUAAUCCUAGUAAAAUUUCCCUGUCUUAGGUCAAUUAGGAUCACAACUUUAUUUUCAGAAUGUGAAAUGUCAGAAUAAUGAGAGAAUCACAUUCCCAGUGGGUCAGAAGUUUACAUACACUCAAUUAGUAUUUGGUUGCAAUGUCUUCAAAAUUGUUUAACAUUGGUCAAACGUUUCCUUCCACAAGCUUCCCACAAUAAUUUGGGUGAAUUUUGGCCCAUUCCUCCUGGCAGAGCUGGUGUAACUGAGUCAGGUUUGUAGGCCUCCUUGCUCGCACACGCUUUUUCAGUUCUGCCAACAAAUAUUCUAUAGGAUUGAGGUCAGGGCUUUGUGAUAGCCACUCCAAUACCAUGACUUUGUUGUCCUUAAGCCAUUUUGCCACAACUUUGAAAAUAUGCUUGGGGUCAUUCAACCCAUUUGCGACCAAGCUUUAACUUCCUGACUGAUGUCUUGAGAUGUUGCUUCAAUAUAUCCCCAUAAUAUUCCUUCUUCAUGCCAUCCAUUUUGUGAAGUGCACCAGUCCCUCCUGCAGCAAAGCCCCCACAACAUGAUGCUGCCACCCCUGUGCUUCAAGGUUGGGAAGGUGUUCUUCGGCUUGCAAGCCACCCCCCUUUUUCCUCCAAACAUAACGAUGGUCAUUAUGACCAAACAGUUAUAUUUUUGUUUCAAACCGUAGUCUGGCUUUUUUAUGGCGGGUUUGGAGAAGUGGCUGCUUCCUUGUUGAGCGGCCUUUCAGGUUACGUCGAUAUAGGUCUCGUUUUACUGUGGAAGAUACUUGUGUACCCGUUUCCUCCAGCAUCUUCACAAGGUCCUUUGCUGUUGUUCUGGGAUUGAUUUGCACUUUUCACACAAGUACGUUCAUCUCUAGGAGACAGAACGCGUCUCCUUCCUGAGCGGUAUGACGGCAGCGUGGUCCCAUGGUGUUUAUACUUGCGUACUAUUGCUUGUACAGAUGAAUGUGGUACCUUCAUGCGUUUGGAAAUUGCUCCCAAGGAUGAACCGGACUUGUGGAGGUCUACAAUUUAUUUUCUGAGGGUCUUGGCUGAUUUCUUUAGAUUUUCUCAUGAUGUCAAGCAAAGAGGCACUGAGUUUGAAGGUAGGCCUUGAAAUACAUCCACACCUCCAAUUGACAUAAUUUCCCAAGCUGUUUAAAGGCACAGUCAACUUAGUGUAUGUAAACUUCUGACCCACUGGAAUUGUGAUACAGUGAAUUAUAAGUGAAAUAAUCUGUCUGUAAACAAUUGUUGGAAAAAUGACUUGUGUCAUGCACAAAGUAUAUGUCCUAACCAACUUGCCAAAACUAUAGUUUGUUAACAUGAAAUUUGUGGAGUGGUUGAAAAACAAGUUUUAAUGACCAACCUAAGUUUAUGUAAACUUCUGACUUCAACUGUAUCUGAAAAGAAACUGUUUAUUGUCAUUCUAUUUCUGAAUGUCUGCUCUGGGUUUUAUAAAGGGUUUGUAUGUGUGACUGGGUCUCUGUAGAGGCAAUAAUGUUAAGUUUAUGAUUGUCAAAUCUUUUCAUUUGCUUUUAAAAACAAUAUUGCACUUUUACCAGCUGUCGGUCUAGCUAGCCAAUGUUAGGAGAAAGUCCGUCUGUAUUUAGCCAGUGUUGGGAGAAGGUGAACUAUAGAUGCCUUACUGUGACACGCCAUGUCCAGGGUUAACUUACCCUAAAGGCGCCGAAUGUGGAUCUAGCGUUCGUCUGCCGAUCGUUAGGGACCACCCUCCUUAGACGUCUGACUCGUGCUUCUACAUGGACAAUCGGUGCACACACUGUUCACACAUUACGUUCAGAGGUGCUAAGUACUCUCUGCCACCAAACUAAAGGUGUCUGGGCCCUAAAGACCAGAGGUUAACGCCACCCUAACAAUAAAAGCUCCAUGUUUUCCUUGGACUUGAAGCAUACAAAGAGUCUAAAGGUAGACUCAGCAAAAUGUUGCCACGAGCAGCACCGCAGAUAUUGAGAUGAGCGAGAUGCAAGACUUUGCUGUCACAGACAGUAUGGGUUUGUUUCAUAUCAACUCAAAUUGAAUUCUUCCGCUGCUCUAUGUUGGCUACAUACUUCAGUCUGAGACUGCCCUCGUAAUGAAGGGUGUUGUACAAAGUCAUCAGAUCGUCUUUAACCAGGGUAUCGAAGCCAAUGACACAUUUUCUAAACGCUGCUUUAUCCAAGUGUGUUCUGGCACAGCACAUCUGUCUCUGGGACCAAUCAAAACGGUUAGGAUGUUUGCUUUCUAGAAAUCGCCGGGAUCCAGACCCUUCCGUUGGCGUGGCAUUUGGCCGGCGCGAAAAGUUUGGGUAGCCAGAGCACCAAAACAGCACAGAAGUUGAGUCUAUUGACCCAAUAUGCUGUUUAGUUUUUGCAUGUACGUCUUAUCGCUGAGUCUACCUAGCACAAGCGUCACUUGCUGCGAGCGCGUCUCAUUGAUUAGUGGGUCUGUUUUAACUGUAGCUGGCAGGCAACACCUUGCUUUUGUUAAAGCUUUUAGAUUUGUUUCAUAGUUUGGCUGUCAGAGGUUAACUUCUCCCCUAAGGGUUAAGGAUGGGACUACCUUAACCCUGAAGGCUGUUUAAUACGGGGUCCUUUUACAUGCCAUUACCCAACAACAGUCAAGUUGUCAGGUGUCGUAAUAUUCACCUUUUUGAUAUACCAAUGUCUGCACUCCCCAAGGUUUUAGCUGGGUGUACUUUGUGUUACUGAUCUGUGUAGUAAGUUGAGUGAAUCAUGUUGAUCACUUAACAAGGCUGUAACAUGUCAAACUAUCUUCAAAAUCAGAACAAUGUUUUUUUAACAUUAAAAAUACCUCAUCUACAA